UAUUUUUUGUGAUUUCUAAACUUUUGAAUCUUCAUCAUGACCACCGAACGUGUUCUCCAGUAUCCGAAUUUGUUAAAAAUCGUCCCAUAUCUCAGUUACAGUAAGAGAAUGGAGCUUUCGAAAGUUUCUCCAGAAUUUCGAUCAAUUCACAGUCGAUUAGACUAUUCACUGAAGACUAUGUCAUUCUCUCAGGAUUACGGAGCAAUCAGUGAAGAAGGACCAAUAGAAGUAGGAUCAGGAAUUUUGAAGGUGGAGUCAAUUGAAUAUAUUUUUGAAUACGAUGAGAACAUGGAUCAAGUGAAAAUCAAAUGUUUGUUGGCCCCGGAACUUGUGAGAUUCUCGAAUGAUAAGUCAAUAAUCAGAAGAUAUUUUCAUUAUUACCUGGCCGCUUCACAACGAAUUGUUCAGCAUGUCAAACUCAGGGAAAGUGACAGUCCAUUUCGAAACCUUCAAAGCCUAAAAAUUCCAUCCAUUUCUUGGACUCUAAACGGAGCUAGAGAAUAUCCUCAAUUCAUCAAUUUCCAAAACCAUGUUUUUGAGAAAUUAGAAUUAAUCAAUUACGAAUCGAUCGUAUUGACGGAAACCCAGGUGAAAAGUUGCAAACACCUUGUACUAAAAAAGGAAACAAUUUACCAGGAGUACACCGUUGGAAACGAGAACAGUGCCAUCAGAAAUUUCUAUUGUAUCCUGAGCAAUAUGAAGUUGGAAUUGGUUUUGGGACUGAAUUACGUCGAAUCUUUUAUUCUGCUUUGUAACCGUCUUCUUCUCGACACCCUUCACAUAGGAUCAUCUGUCACUGCAAUUUUCAUCAAGGAACCUCUUCUAAACGUUUGGAGAACCCUAUUGGAACGAUAUGAAGACUCGCGAGGAACUUUUAUGGGUUCCGGACACCGAAAGUGUGCUAUAUUGUCAACUGACAAUAAUAUCAAGGUAGCAGUAUUUGAAAAUUAUUUCGGGAAAGACUCCAAUGGAAAAGAGAGUUUCACGGCAAUCAAAAUGAACAACAACGUGGAAUUUGAUGCCUAAAUCAUUUAUUUCUCAUAUUGAAGGAUUUUAAAUUCACUAACUAUACAAUUAAUUAUUGCAAUUGUCUUACAUUAUAUUGGAUAAAAUUCAUCUUAUUUUU